AUGGAAACAAAAUGUAGUGGGUGCAAUGAGUUGAUUUUUGAUAUUUUAUGCAUAGAGUGUUCUCAAAAAACAUGUAGAAAAGUGUAUCAUUAUAUGUGUGUAUCAAUAACGGCUGAGCAGUACCAAAAUUUUACUGAAGAAGAGAAAGGUAAAUGGGUUCGUCCAGAAUGCCGGUGUAAUAUUCCGAAAGUAGACAACACCAAUACACCGGUUCGGGGAGUUUGCGUAAUGGACAAAUCGUUUUCACCGUCUUUUUAUAUGAACAAAGAACGAAGAGAUCGUCACAAUUACCGCGAAGUAUGUAACGAUAGUAGGAUUAUAGAGGAGAUCCGAGAAUUCCGCAUGGAAAUGAUUUCUCGGCUCGACGAUCAAAUGAAGAAAUGUAAACGGCUAGAAAAAAGAUUUAUUAAAACCGAAACUGAGCUGCGGGAAUUAAAAAAUAUUAUGAAUGUAGUGCAGCAAAAAGCAAAUAAGGUGGAUGAGUUGGAGGAGCGAAUUAAAGUACUUACAGAAAUAAAUGAACGUUUGGAAACUACUUUAACAGUAAAAAAUACUGCGAAGGAAAUACUACAAACAAAUGUGGAGCAAUUAGUGUCAUUUGCUAAUAUAACGAAGCAGAAUAAAAAUACGGUAGUUAAAAAUAACGGCCCAAAUAAGGAGGGGGGGUAG